AUGGAUUUUGGGGGAAGCUGGGAUGAUCAUCUACCCUUGGUAGAAUUUUCAUAUAAUAAUAGCUAUCAUAGUGGUGUACAAAUGACCCCUUAUGAAAUGCUAUACAGAAGGAAAUGUCGGACUCCCAUAUGUUGGGAAGAUGUGGGACAAAGAGAAAUUGCACCCAGCGACGUAGUAGCCAUAACUAACGAGAAGAUUGAUCUUAUACGGGCUAGAUUAAAGGCGGCACAGGAUCGACAAGCAGCAUAUGCAAAUCACAGAAGACGCCCUCUUGAAUUCCAAGUUGGGGAUUAUAUGUAUUUGAAAGUAUCCCCAUGGAAGGGCGUAAUACGUUUUCAAAAGCGAGGGAAAUUGGGUCCGCGAUACAUAGGACCUUUUAAGGUUCUAGCACGAGUUGGAAGGGUAGCAUAUCAAUUGGAUUUACCGUCAGCUUUAGAAGGGAUUCAUAAUACGUUCCAUGUAUCUCAACUAAGGAAAUGUCUAUCGGAUGAAACUGCUUACGUAUCUCACGAUGAUACUGAAUUAGAUGAACGUAUGAAUUACGUUGAAAGACCAAUAGCUAUUAAGGAUUCCAAGACAACGCAUCUUCGAAACAAGACCAUUAGACAAGUUUUAGUCCAAUGGCAACACAGAAAGGGUUCGGAGCUAACUUGGGAAUCGGAAGAAGAUAUGCGGAAAGACUAUCCAGCACUAUUUGGUACGUAUUUAAGUUUCGGGGACGAAACUUCUUUUAAGGGGGGUAGAUUUGUAACACCCCAAAAAUGGUAA